ACUGAACUAUUAUUUUUCGUCCUUUUUCCAAGUGUAUAUGUGAGUACUCACUUAUUUUGUUUUAAACCCAAUUUAUGAGAUCUUUUAUAACAAAGGAAAUGGAUUAUAAUUUAAAGCUAUUUUUUUUUUGUUGCUACGGUUUCACUUUUUAAAAAAAUUUUUUUUUUUUUACAAUAAAGCAUAGAUGAUAGGCCCUGCCCUAUUCAUAACAAUACUUUUGUAGUUGUAAUUGUAGACACUGACACUAGUAUUAGUAUUAGUAUUAGCCAGGCUUAUUAAUAUUAUUAUUAGGUGACAGAAAUAAUUAUAAGAUUAUAAGGCUAUAUUGUAAAAAUAUAUAAAUCUAUUUAUAUUAUAUACUUCUAUACCGGAAAACUUAAAUGUUAUAAAUGAAAUGAUAUGAGUAUGAGCAAUACUAAAUAUUCCGCUGGCACUAGAACUAGAAGGCAGAAGGGUAACGGAACUACUAACUAUUAAAACAAAUAAAACACAUAGACAUAAUUUAAUCAUUAUUAAUUAUCGCAGAAACCGUGGUAGUUUGCAGUGUGAGAUUAAAAUUAAUGCAGUAAAUCGGAUAUUUUCCCGUGACCCAUUAAAUUACGGUUAUACAGCAUACGUAGGCCUACUAAGACUAAAGUAAUGUAUGGGUCACAACCAUAGUGGUGACAAAUCCAGUAUAAUGGUUUUGAAAGACAUGUCCUCAAGCCUCAACACGUUAAAAUAAUUUAACUGACACUCACUAUUUAGGAACAGUAACAGUAAUAGAAUUAGUAAUAAUUGUAGACCUAUUUAUUUUAAAUAAUUAUUUCUUAUUUAAAUAAUAAACCGGCAGCUUUGUUGUAUAUAAUUAUAAGUAUAUAAUAUAAGUAUACAAUUUAAUAAAAUAAGAAUUGUUAUUAUUAUUAUUAUAAUUUAUUAUAGGUCCUAGGAAACUUAUUCUUUUAAGUUUUAUUUUGAACUGUUGAACAGGACUCACACUCAUAUAGUACAUAGUAUAGAAACUCACCCCAGGGGCCGGGGAGAGUAUUUUUGUUAUUUUUUAAAAUUUUAAGGUUAAAUAGCACUUUUACAGGCUACUUGACAUAAUUAUUAUCUGAGGCAUUUAUAAUUAUAAUAAUAAUUGGCCUAUAAAAAUAUGUCUUAAAUAAAGUGAGGAACAUUUUCCUUUGACCCUAGCCCUAGGGCCCUGCAAAGGAGUUGGUGAGUGGUGCCCCAAGUGCCAGCUCAGAUAUUUUGAGAAGGUGUGCAAACAUAAUAAUAAUCCAUAUGUUAUAUGAACAUAAUGUAAUAUUAUGUACAUCAUUUAUUGAUGAAAAAAGGAAGGGGCGGCACAGUCAUUGGCACAGUCCCUAAACUUAAAGCAAUGUCUCGGCCUAAAAUGUAAAAUUAGUUAAUAUUUCACAAUACGUUUUGUGGCCAUUGAUUUUAUUUAAUUAGCCUUAUCAUGCCUGCCUAAUGAUUAAAAAUUAAUUUCAAAUUAUUGCAUUUCAGCUACGUCUUAAAAUACAUAUAUAUUUAUAUAUAUAUACAGUAUUAAAAAAAGAAUAAUGGAUCUACUAAAAUCAUUUACUCAUCCUGAUGAGGUGUAUGCUCUCCUUCGAUUCAAGUUUGGGGGUUGUGAAGUUGUUAUGCCAAAAUGUGAUUUUGUGAGUACAAUUAUACUUAAUAAAUUAAUAUUCUGCAGCACCUCCUCAGAGGUUGGCAAAUUUUUUGAGUAACAUGGCAUAAAUAUAAAUUAUAUCUUCUAAAAAUAAUUUUGGGAGCCACAGUUAGGGGUGGUUGGAUUAUUCGUCAUUUAAAGCUAUGGUUAUGGAUUUUUAAAAGGAAGAGCAGAAUCUAUUUCUUCAAUAAUCCACAACUGCGCUUGUCCGACAAGUGGCCUAGCCCAGGCCUGCCCAACAUACAGCCCGUGGGCCUACAUGCUGCCCGACAGCACCUUCUUUAUGGCCCGCGAAGUAACGAAAUAUUAUUUAUUCUUAUUAUUUUCUUAAUAUUUUUCCCCCUGUCCUUUUUUCGUUUGGCCCGCACAAGUCCUGUCCUAUUUCCUUUUGCCCCGCACAAGGUUUUCAUCAAGUGUUAUGGCCCGCCUUAAAUUUUGAGUUGUGCAGGUCUGGUCGAGCCUGUAAAAAGGGCUUAUUUUUGUGCACAUUAAAUUGACUAGGUUGGGUAGGGUUGUUUUUUUUACAAUGAUUUUGUUUGCCUAUGUAAACAUGGACUAUGAAAAGGAUUACAAUGAAAUAAAUGUCAAGAAAUUCAAUAAAACCUGACACCUAAGUUCACUAAGUAGUAGAUGAUUUUAUUAGGCAAUUGUGGUUACAAAGUGGUCGUUCCCUUGACUGGAUCUGCUAUGGGCGUUGUUCUUAAUUUGGUAAAACAGAAUAGCUUGCCCAGUAAAAUGUAUUCCUUUUUCUUUGGCUUUUAGUUCAUUUAAUGUAUAUUCUAUUGAUCUUUCCCUGGAUUGUAACAAGAAAUCACUUUGUGUAUGUUAAUUAAGUAAAACCAAGUUGCAUUCAUAUUUUUAAAUUUUGACAAACAUUUGCACAGAGUUUACCUUAACUGAUAUCUUUUAAAUGAAAAUGCUAAAUUUAUGUUUGAAUUUCAAAUCAUAUAUAUUUUUUUAAGGAUGAUGAUAACAAAUUUUUUUUCAUGAGACAUGCCAUGUUGCAUGACAUAAUAAUUUUUGUGUAUAUUUUCAAACUUAAACAUUAGAGUACCAUGAGUCCAUCACUAAGAGAGUGUUAUGAUCUCUUAAAUAAGACUAGCAGAAGUUUUGCAGCUGUUAUUCAGGCCUUAGAUGGUGAUCUCAGGUAUUUUAACUUUUACUUCAACCACUCACCUCAUUGUUAUGCUAUGUAUUUAAAAAAAAAUCUUUUACUAUCCCCAAAAUAUAUUUUAACGCAUCAACAUUCAUUAAAAAUGUAUAGUUAUCUAAACUUAAGAAGCUGCUUAUUGUGAGACAUUUCGGUAAAUCAAAAUUUUUUAUGACUGUUCUUUUCAGAAAUGCCAUUUGCAUUUUCUACCUAGUAUUGAGAGCACUUGACACUGUUGAGGAUGACAUGACUAUACCUAAGGAUAUUAAAGUAACAAUGUUAAAGGAAUUUCAUAAAAGGCUGCUGGACCCUGAAUGGAAAUAUAUGGAAAGUAAAGAUCAACAUAAAAUUGUUCUGGAGAGAUUCCCAAGUGUAAGAUUCAUUUCCAAUUUUAUUUUGAAUGUUUAUGUUGUUAAUUAUAUUACUCUGUUACCUCCAAAACUUAUUUUGUGCUCUAGAAUUAUAAUUUCCAUCUUUCAAUUUCAAAUUUAAAUUCGGGAUGUUAAUAGCUGUGUCUUUCAAUACCUGUUGACCAUUUUUUUAAUGGAAAAUUUCAGUAAGAAUAAAUUUUUAGGUUAUAGUCUACACACACAUUACACCAUUUUUCAAACAAAUUGCUGGAGUCACCUAAAAGCAUUUAAUUAAAGAUGAUUAUCUGUUUAGGAUCCUGCAAGAUAGAUGUAGCCUUAUUAUUAUUUUAAUCAAAAUGAGCCAUGAAACUGAGGUUAGUACAAAAAAUCUUGAUCUUUACCUUGCCAUUUUCUUGAGUACAGAUUUCAAAAGAAUUCCGUGCCCUUGAAGAAAUAUACAGAGAUGUCAUCUCAGACAUUUGUGCUAAAAUGGGGGAAGGAAUGUCCAUAUAUUUAGAUAAAAAAGUUGACUCCAUGGAAGACUGGGAUGAGGUCAGUAAUUUAUUAUAAAAAAUAAAUCAUUUUUACUUUGAAUCAACUACAGGUUGUGUACUUUGUAAGUAUCGAUUGGUCAUGUCAAAAAAAAAACACCCCCAAAAAAACAAUCACUUACCACCAGGAACCGAAAAUUGUGACAGUGAUAGUGAGCAUCACAUUGUAAUGAGAUAGCUUUCAUAUUAACCAACAUUUGGCUCAUUUUUUAAAAAAAUGUUUAACCAUCUUUAAAUAAAAUGGCCCGAUCAGAGUAAGCAAAUGACCCAUCAUCACCCACUUCCAUUUCAUUUUUUACUUCCACUUUACCUGUAGCGAUAAUUUAAUUUGACAAGGAUUGGAUGUAAAUUAAAUGGGGGAUGAGAACAUGUUUGUAUUUUUAUUGAAAAGUAAAGUAUGUUCAUUACUUGUGACUGCAUUCAUACACAUUUCUAUUAAUUUAUUGUCUAAACCAAGCUGUAUUGUUUUCCUCUUACAUGGUCCUGUAAUCAGAGUUUUACUGUAACCUGUUUUUUUUUUGUUGUUUUUUUCCUUUAUCUAACAACUUCCCGAAGGAAGAGGGCAAAAAUGUUUUGAACGUGGUGGUAACUAAAUAUUUACUUGCAGUACUGCCACUAUGUCGCUGGCCUUGUCGGCAUUGGGCUUUGCCGUCUGUUUUCUUGCUCUGGCCUGGAAGACCCCAUUGUUGGUGAGGACACAGCGCUGGCCAACAGCCUGGGACUGUUUCUGCAGAAGACCAACAUCAUCAGGGAUUACUUAGAAGAUUGGAACGACAAGAGAAUCUUCUGGCCCAGAGCAGUAAGUACUGUUGGACUUCUCUGUUUAUGCUGAUUUGAGUGGUCUUGUUUAUAAUAAUCUAUUCUAAAACAACAGGAGAUCUAACUGGUCAGGGAAAUUUAUGUAAAUUAUUUGUUUGCUCUAUACAGGCCUGGAGCAAAUACGCCAAAGACAUAGGUGACUUUGCACAACCUGAGAACAGGGAAAAGGCUCUGGUCUGUUUGAAUGAGUUGAUCACCAGUGCACUGGAGCAUAUCUCAUCAUCUCUGCUGUUCAUGAGCCGGCUAAAGAACCAGAGUAUAUUCAACUUUGUUGCCAUCCCACAGGUAAUGUAACAUUUGAUUCAUUCCUAUGAAGGAUUGCACCUCAGAGUUCAAGUUUUUAAAGUCUCUUUUUAAAUUGAGUUUUGACAAGGCAUUAUUAAGAUGAAAUGAAACUUCCUUUAAUUUCAUCCCUACCCAUUCCAUAUAAUGGUUAUAUAAAUAGUGAAGCUAGUUGUAUAUGUUCAUGUAAAUGAAAUUAAAUUUUUUUUUUUUUUUUAAAGAUAAAGAUUAUCUCAAGAAGUACAUCAAUUAAAAGGCGUUUUUAAAUCCAUUUUCAUUUAUCCUCUGCUCUCUCUCUCUCUCUGUGUCUCUCCUCAAUCCCCCUCUCUCUCUCUCUCUCUCCCCUCCCUCCCCUCUCUCUUCCUCCUUACCUCCCCCCACUUCCUCCCUCUCUCUUUUUCUCUAUGCCAGUUCAUAUAUAACUUUAAAAAAAAAAAAUUUUUCUGGUCUUCUCAAGGUCAUGGCCAUUGCUACACUAGAGCGCUGCUACAACAACCCCAAGGUGUUCACAGGUGUUGUGAAAAUUCGUAAAGGGGAAGCUGUGCGGAUGAUGCUGGAUGCCAAUAAUUUUGAGACGGUCAAGGCUAUAAUGAGGCAUUUUACCAUAGAGGUAGGUUGUUUAGCCUUGUCAGAAUGUGCAUCAACUUGUUUUGCUUGGCACUUGUUUUUUUCAAAGAUAAUUUUGGGGGAGAAACUUUUAACAACACGAUACAUCCCAAUGGAGUUGCUAAGCUAUGCCUUGCAACAUCUGUCAGAACAAUCCUAAUAUUUGUGGAUGCUUCAUGUUGCCUAUUUUAAAUUAUGUCAAACUCUGAUUAUUGUAUUAGAGAUAAAUGAAGGGACUGCUUUCAAGCUAUGUAAAUGAAUGAAAUAGUAACACAAGGUAUGUGGAAGCUUGAAAUAAGGUCCAUAAUAUUCUGGUCCAUUAUUAUUGUGGACUUUAUUUUUCACAGUGUCAAUAUUUAUAUUCUCUCGCUUCCUGUUUUCCGACUUCCGGAGACACGAAUGAAUACUGCUUGAGUUGUCUACUGUGCUCUUUUCUUUGUUAUAUUUUCAUUUCUAUUGUUGGCUGAGGAAGGCUUUAUGCCGAAACGUCCUUGUUUUUUGUCCUGUUACCUUAUUUCAAGCUUCCACAUACCUUGUUUCACUAUUUCAUUCAUUUAUUGUAUUAGAGAUGAUGGAUUACUUUUGUUUGAAGAAACCAAAUGUAUUGCAUAUAUUGUGCCAUUUGUUUGUUAUCUUUCCAGAUAGUGGACAGAAUACCAGAGGCAGAUCCAAACAGUAAAAGAACGAGGGUGCUGUGUCAUAAAGCCCUGCAGGACACAGAGUCAUCACAAGAAUACUCCACAUCAAGCUUCUACCCACCAUUGUAUGUCAGCAUGGGUCUUAUGUUGACAGCAAUAUCAUACACGUACUGGACACAGAUCUCACAGUGGUAUGAAGACUUGUUUUAACUUUUAUCUCCUUUUUUACUGCGGUAUAUUUUUAUACUUUCAUAUAAGUUACAAGAAAAAGAGUUUAUUUAAGAACAGUAUAUUCUAGGCACCAUUUUUUUCUCUGUGACCAUGAAAUGUUACUUGCUUGUAAUGCUUGUCAGUGUUGACAACUUGUGAGGUGUAUUAUCAUGCACAUAAUACCCAAGUCAUAAAAGAUAAAUUUUGCAAAUGUGGGGAAUCGAUGGUUCUAUCCCACUAAGAUAUUAAACAUGAUUUUGAAGCAGUGGGGGUAGCAAGUGGGGAUGGAGCAGGUGGUCCGCCCUGGGUCAAUUUCUUUUUAUCUUUAUUUUGAGAGGCGGAAUUUUAGUGGAGAAAUCGUAUCCUCAACAAGACGGCACUAACCCUAAUUCUGUCUUCAAUAAAAUUAUAUUUAUAUGAAUGAUUAAAACUGUUUAUUGUUGAGAAAUAUUCAAAUUUAUUUUUCAAUAAUUUUUUUACCUAUUUUUUCAUUAAAUAUUGGGAAAAAAAAAAAAAAAGAGAAGUAUGUCACUAAGUCAAGGUUUGGCGUGUGGUGUACCAGAUAGGAUUUUAAUUGACUGCACAAGGGGUUCAAAUGUAAGGAAAUAUUUGAAACAUUCACUUGGUACCUUAAAAAAUGUUCAUCAUACUUUGAAUGUCACAACAAAUUGGUACCAGGUUGACAUUUGUAGAGUUGUACCAGGUUGACAUAUGUAGAGUUGUACCAGGUUGACAUGUAGAGUUGUACCAGGUUGACAUAUGUAGAGUUGUACCAGGUUGACAUAUGUAGAUUUAUACCAGGUUGACAUAUGUAGAAUUGUACCAGGUUGAGAUGUGAAGGGUUGUACCAGGUUGACAUAUGUAGAGUUGUACCAGGUUGACAUAUGUAGAGUUGUACCAGGUUGACAUAUGUAGAGUUGUACCAGGUUGACAUAUGUAGAGUUAUACCAGGUUGACAUAUGUAGAGUUGUACCAGGUUGACAUAUGUAGAGUUGUACCAGGUUGACAUAUGUAGAGUUGCACCAGGUUGACAUAUGUAGAGUUGUACCAGGUUGACAUAUGUAGAGUUGUACCAGGUUGACAUAUGUAGAGUUAUACCAGGUUGACAUAUGUAGAGUUAUACCAGGUUGACAUAUGUAGAGUUGUACCAGGUUGACAUAUGUAGAGUUGUACCAGGUUGACAUAUGUAGAGUUGUACAUGUAGCAAGCUUCACUUAUUGUACUUUUAAUUCAAUACACUGAAGAUGUUUACAUGCUUGUAAUCAAAAGACAAAUUUCUGUUUGUAUAAUCCCAAAAGAGUCUUAAAGAAAUACAUUUUCUCAGACCCUGUCCUAGGUGCUAAAAUCUGGUCAAACCUUAGCCGUUAUCAUUUUGACAUCUGUAUGGUGAUAUGAAUUGUUGGUAUUCACUUUAGAACAGUCUAGAAAUUUUGAUCAUUUUUAUUACUUUUCAUUUUAUUUUCAUGUGAGGAACAAAUAAAAAUGGCAAAUAUUUAAUUCCUGUUUUUGAAAUAUCUAUGACUUUAAUAAUACUUAAAAGGGGGCCAGCCAACAAUCACACUGUUAUAUUAAGUAAGGGAUCGGUUGCACACUGGGUAAUAUUAUUUUGCUCUAAAUGCAUUUACAGUUUAUGAUUUUUGUGUGGAGUGAAGACUUUUUUUUUUGUUAUUUAUCUCCACUUGUGUUUUCC